CUUUUUUAUUCUUUUUAUUUGUGAAAAAAAGAUAAACUACUUUAUAUGGCUGAAUUUGUUAAACUUUCGAUUUUUGGUACUGUGUUUGAAGUAACUACAAGAUAUGUAGACCUACAGCCUGUAGGUAUGGGUGCAUUUGGUUUAGUAUGUUCUGCCAGGGACCAGUUGACUGGGAUGAAUGUGGCUAUCAAGAAAAUCAUGAAGCCAUUCUCCGCUCCAGUGCUAGCAAAGAGAACCUAUCGUGAACUCAAGUUAUUAAAAGCAUUAAUGCACGAAAAUAUUAUCAGCUUAAGCGAUAUAUUUAUUUCUCCCUUAGAAGACAUAUAUUUUGUUACCGAGUUACUUGGUACAGAUUUACAUAGAUUGCUUCAAUCCAGGCCCUUAGAAAAACAGUUUAUUCAAUACUUUUUAUAUCAAAUAUUGAGAGGUCUAAAAUAUGUUCACUCUGCUGGUGUUAUUCAUAGAGAUCUGAAACCAAGCAAUAUCUUGAUCAAUGAAAACUGUGACCUCAAAAUUUGUGAUUUUGGUUUAGCACGUAUUCAAGACCCUCAAAUGACCGGUUAUGUGUCGACAAGAUAUUAUCGAGCACCUGAAAUUAUGCUCACCUGGCAAAAAUAUGACGUUGCUGUGGAUAUUUGGAGUGCUGGCUGUAUUUUCUCAGAGAUGUUGGAAGGAAAGCCUCUGUUCCCUGGAAAGGAUCAUGUACAUCAAUUUUCUAUUAUUACUGAGCUCUUGGGUACGCCACCUGACGAUGUCAUUGCCACCAUCUGCAGUGAAAACACUUUGAGAUUUGUAAAGAAUCUUCCCAAACGUGAACCCGUUCCCUUUAGUCAGCGAUUUGCUGGACAAGAUCCUGAAGCGAUUGACUUGCUAGAAAAGAUGCUCACCUUUGAUCCUCGUAAGCGUAUUACAGCAGAGGAGGCCUUGUCUCAUCCUUAUCUUGCACCCUAUCAUGAUCCAACGGAUGAGCCUGUUGCGCCAGAAAAGUUUGAUUGGUCCUUUAACGAGGCUGAUUUACCUGUAGACACUUGGAAGGUGAUGAUGUAUUCUGAAAUUUUAGAUUUCCACAAUGUAGACAAUACAGACACUAUGAACUAUUUAGGCACACCGCUUACCGGGCCAAUCUUGGAAGGACAAGAGGCUGCCUACAUGCAACCUCAGCAAUAA